UUCCGGGUCCAGCACAGGUGAUUUAGAAUUCCGUUUUUGGAAACGAAACUGUCGAGAGGGGCAGCAGCUUGACGGCGACUUCGACGAGAUGGUCUCUGAGCGAGCUACAGGAGAGUCGCGUUAACAGAAUAACUAGAGAGGGAGAAGCGAUGGCCUGCGCCCGAGUGCCACUGGAUGAGCAGCAGGUGACCGAGCCGGGCUCGCUGGGCAAAGAGCAAACGCUGCCGGCGCUGCACCCGGCCAGGAAGGAGGAGCGCUGCUUCGUGCCUUACAAAUCCCCGCCGGAAGACGGCUCUCCCGCCGAGGCGGAGGCGUUCCUGGAACAUGCCAAAUUCAUCACGGAGGACCUGGAUUGGCUGCUGGCGCUGCCCCACGACAAGUUCUGGUGUCAGGUGGUGUUUGACGAGUCUCUGCAGAGGUGCUUGGACUCGUACCUGCACCACGCUCCUCGCGGCCUCGACCUCGCCCCCCUGCCCUCCUCUCCGGCGGUGGUCGACAUGCAGCGCUCCGUCCACAGGGCGGUCUUCUUGACCUUCCUCCGGAUGGCCACACACAAGGAGUCCAAGGAGAACUUCCUCACCCCGGCUGUGUUUGGAGAAAUUAUCUAUGAGAACUUCCUGUUUGACAUUCCCAAAAUCCUGGAUCUGUGUGUGCUCUUUGGGAAGGGAAACAGCCAACUGCUGCACAAGAUGAUCGAGAACAUCUUUACCCAGCAGCCGUCUUACUACAGUGACUUGAUUGAGACGGUUCCGACUGUGUUACAGGUGUUCGACACCAUCCUGGAUAAGUGCGGUCUCUUCUGUGAGGGGGCCGCCGCCAUGGAGCCGUUGAAGCUGAACUCGCACAAACAGCCCACUGCCAUGACCAUGAGCCAGCAGGAUCUUGUGGAUCUUGUUCUGUACCUGUGCGACUCCACCACCACCAUCCACGCCUUCCUGGACAUCUUCCCCGCCGCCUGCUCCAGCUUCCACUCCGAUGGUUUCCUCGCCAGACUGACCUCGUUUUAUGAGACCGCUGUACCUGACCUGGAGAAGGCGGUGAGGAAGAGAAACUUUGACGACAAAGGUUUCCAGGAGGACUUGUGGAAGAGGUUGUCCCACUCCUGUCGUAAGAUAGUGGAGAUGGCUCACCUGCUGCUGCACCACACCUGCCUACAGCCGAUCCUGGAGGGGGGAGAAAACAUGCAAACCUUCGCAGACGAGCUCCUACAACAUUUCACCUCUUUUUUACCAGAGAAAAGGUUCUUGUCGGACUACGACGAGCAGUUCCCCAUCGCCGACGACAUCAGCCUCCUCCAACAGGCGCUGCCCGUCAUCGAUGAGACCAGGACGUCCUACCUGCUCCAGGGGGUGGAGAGUGCCUGGGACAGUGUGGGGCGGCGGAGGCCACACAGACCGAUUCAGCACCGGGGAGCAGCAGGCGGAGCCGCCGCCUCCUCGUCUAGCUUUAAACUCCAGGAGCCAGAAGGAGGAGCGAGUCUGGAGGGAGCGGAGGCCAUGAUGGAUGUCCCCCGAAAAGGAAACGACGGUGCCGGUUGUGCGGCGAGCGAGGCGGAGCUGGAGUCUCUGCUGACCUGCAUCAGGGAGCUGCUGCCGGAUUUGGGCGAAGGCUUCCUGCUGGCCUGCCUGCACGAGUACGACUACAACUCGGAGCUCGUCAUCAACAACAUCCUGGAGGACCGCCUGACCCCCGACCUGGACCAAAUGGACCGGGCCAUGCCGAGGCCCGUGAAGGAGAAGGUCGCAGACGUUCUGGACGUCAGAUCCAACGUGUUCGACGACGACGAGUUCGACGUUUUCCGCAGAGACCAGGUGGACAUGUCUCGCAUCUGGAAGGGCAGGAGGAAAGGAGAGAACGCUCGAGAGACGCUGAACGACAAGCAGCACAUAGCGGAGCAGAAGGCUCGAUACCAGGCCUACGAGACGGUGGUGGACGAGGUCGUCCUCGAGCCGGGGGAGACCGGCGAAGCCUACGAGCUGGACGCCUACGACGACGAGUACGACGACACGUACGAGAUGAGCCAGGUGGGCGCCAACGACCUGGACGGGGACAGUUUGCUGAGCAGGAGGCCUUUCACGGUUCCACAGAUACUGAGAAAAGGAAACAAACCAGAAUUGGAGGAGGAGGAGGAGGAGGAUGAAGAGGAAGAGACGCUCCAGAACAAUGUGAACCGGGACCAGUUCGUUCAGGACCCGGCUCUGCUGAGGGAGCGGGCCGACGCCAGAAGAGCCGCCAUGCAUCAAAGGAAAGGUUUCCGACCGGAGCCGCGUCCCAGCGCCGUGGCGGGUCAGCCCAAAGGUCAAGGACAAAACAAGGAGACGCUGCUGGACCGCCGCAAGAAGGAGGCCCACAAGGGCCGCGGGGCGAACCACAACCGGCGCAACAUGGCCGACCGCAAGAGGAACAAAGGGAUGAUCCCCUCGUGACCUGCGUGACGGCCGGCUGCUCCAAAAGGGGAGAGGAAGGAGGCCGAGGCGGCCAGAACAACCGGGGCUCGGGGCAGCGGUCUGGUUUCUUUUUUUCUUUUUUUUUAAAGGAGAAAAGAAGCCAACGAAGGUUUUGAGUCGUCGAUGAACGGUUGCGUUUAGUUUACGGACUGUUUUUUUUUUGAGAUCGGACUCUGAACAUCUGCUUUUAGGGAUCGGGCCCCCCGAAGGACGUCCACCUCUCUGGAGGAAGUUAUUUUCUUUUUAUAGCUAGUUUAAAAAAAAAAAUUUUUUUUUAAAAGUCGUGAGUCUUCGAGGACAAAGACCUUUUUUUUUUUUGCCAAGUAACAAAUCAGUUUAUUAUUAAGAUGUUUCUUUGUCAUCAUCAUCAUCAUCAAAUAGACAACAUAGGAAUAAAAGGAAGCAACAUC